AUGAAGACUUCCACCGUCACCUGGGCGGCUUGCAUGGCCCUUUUGUCUCUUCAGGGGGCAACCGCCGAAGCUGCACCGGCACAAGCAAGACGGACCGCCGCGCCACAAAAGCCGAAGUAUUACUUCCCUCGCCAUGUGAAAAGGCAAAUAAGCAACUCCACUGUAGCUGCUGUGUCUACGGAGAGCAUUAUCUCGACUCCGGAUUACUCUACACCAACUCCGGCGGCUUUCGUUUCCACUCCCGAGGCUCUCGCCUCGACUCCAGAUGUCCUCGCCUCGACUCCGGGAAUCUCUACGCCUCCCGCUAGCGAUACUUCGACUUUGACCUCUAGAGAAGAAUCAUCUAGCGAUUUCUCCUCCUUCCUCGAAAGCUUUUCGAAGAGCGAUUCGGAUUUCAGUAGCUUUUUCAACACCCCGCAGCCCGCAGCAGAGUCAUCAACCACUGCCUACACGGUCAAUUCCACUUCUGUGAGCGAAAGUCCGUCGGGCACUUCGACCAUCAUUUCCGAGUCCACCAUUACCGAAGUUUCCUCGCCCGUUACCACGACUAUUCUGUCAAGCACCCCCGAGGAGGCUCAAACUACUCCCGCCGCAUCAUCUUUCGUUGGGACCGGCGGUGUUACCCUUCCUGUCGUCACACCUUCAACUACUGCCGCAGUCGAGGAGACCGUUAUUGAGUCCACCACUACUUCCACCGCCGUUGAGUCCUCGGCCGUGCAGACUUCCACCCCCGAGCCGUCUUAUGUUGGAACUGGCGGUGUCUCGAGCCCUGUCAUCCAGCCGACCACCACCAGCACGGAAUCGACAACUGAGCUCACGCCCGUUGAGACUCCGGUGUCCAGCUACGUCGGAACUGGUGGUGUGUCGAGCCCUGUUAUUCAGCCGACGACCAGCGACGCAGAGACAACUGCCGAAGUUUCAUCGGUUGAGACUCCCGUAUCCACUUAUGUUGGCACCGGUGGCGUCUCAAGUCCGGUUAUUCAACCCACCAGCAGCAGCACUGAGUCGGAAACUUCAGAGGCUGUUGCUUCUGAGACGAGCUCCACCGCGUCGACCCCGGCCGCUUCGAGCGCCGCAGGAACUGGUACUGGUGGCGUUUCGAUCCCGAUUGUUCAGCCCACCAGCUCGGCUAUCAGCGACGAGGCUUCCUCCAGCACCGGCCUUCUUGAUCCCGUUGUGUCCCCUGUGACUAGCCUUCUCGGCACCGGUGGUGUACUCAGCCCUAUCUUGACGCCGACUACGGCAGCUUCCAGUGAUGAGUCUGCUUCUUCAGCGGCUGCCACCACCCCCGUCGCUGAGUCCAGCGCUACCGGUACCGGUGGUGUUGUCAGCCCUAUCUUGACGCCGACGACAGCACUUUCGACUGACGAGUCUGCUUCUUCAGUGGCCACCACCCCAGCUGCUGAGUCCAGUGCUGCCGGUACCGGCACUGGUGGUGUUUCAAUCCCGAUUGUUCAGCCCACCAGCUCCAGCGGUACUGAUGCGCAGGCCACCCCCACUGAUUCGAGCGCUUCUUCCACUACUGAUGGUCUUCUCGGCCCGGUCCUGUCUCCCUUGAGCAGCGCUCUUGGAUCAAGUGGAAUCUUGAGCCCUGUCACCAGCGCCCUGGGCACUGGAGGCAUCUUGAGCCCUGUCCUCAACCCGACGACUGCCACUGAGCAAUCUGCCAGCGCUACUGAGACUGGCGACUCGUCCGUUCAGCCCACUAGUGGCUCGGAGCCUGUGCCUGUCGAGACUUCUGCGGCUGGCACUGGUGGGGUCUCGGUCCCUGUUGUCACGCCUACCAGCGGCAUCGCGAGCCCCGCCACUCCCAUUCCUGCGUCCUCGACCGGAACUGGCAUCAUCGUCGGUCUUUCGACGAUCAUUGACAGCAGCAGCAGCACGACUGAUGCCCCGUCGUCGACUGAGAGCUCCUCUGGGGGCUUGCUUGGCGGUGUUGUGUCUGGCGUUACUUCUGCCGUGGGCUCCAUCGUUACCCCUGUGGUCACCCCGAUCGAGUCCCUCGUGAGCUCCGUUGUCACGCCUGUUGAGUCUAUCUUGACCCCGGUGGAAUCUCUCGUGAGCUCCGUUGUCACGCCUGUUGAGUCUAUCUUGACCCCGGUGGAAUCUCUCGUCAGCUCCGUUGCCACGCCUGUUGAAUCGAUCUUGACCCCGGUGGAAUCUCUCGUCAGCUCCGUUGCCACGCCUGUUGAAUCGAUCUUGACCCCCGUGGAGUCGCUCGUCAGCUCCGUCGCCACGCCUGUUGAAUCGAUCUUGACCCCCGUGGAGUCGCUCGUCAGCUCCGUCGCCACGCCUGUUGAAUCGAUCUUGACCCCCGUGGAGUCGCUCGUCAGCUCCGUCGUCACGCCUGUUGAGUCUAUCCUGACCCCCGUGGAGUCUCUUGUGAGCUCCGUUGUCACGCCUGUCGAGUCUGUCUUGACCCCCGUUGAGUCUGUUCUUAGCUCUGUCGCCACGCCGGUUGAGUCUGUCUUGACGCCGCUCAUUGGCAGCAGUUCCUUGUUUGCUGGCACCGGCACUGAUCUUCCGCCGAUUACUUCUUCCAUCAGCGGUGCUACUCCCACUGCAACCUCUGAUGAGACCGGAUCGGCCACCAGUGUCUUGACUCCUGGCAUCACUCCGGCGCCCACCAGCGCCAGCGAGCUGAUUUCUCUGCCGCUUACGAGCGACCUUGGCUCUCUCAUCUCGGACGCGACCAGCCUCGUCUCCAGCGUUGGCAGUGAUCUGUCUUCGGUUCUGACUCCGCUCGCUAGCAUUCCCUUGACUGGGAGCGGUUCGGUCGCCACCCCGACCCCGACGAGUGCCUCAAGCCCUAUUACUCCCGCCGCGUCGUCCUCGCUCACGGGUGUUGAAUCGAUUCUGUCGUCGCUCCUCGGCUCGACGCCACUCAUUUCGAUUCCGACUACGCCGAUCAUCCCGCUCAGCACCCCGACCACUAUUGAUUUGACUUCGGCACUUUCGUCGUUGACUGGUACUCCCAGCUCCGCGUCGACUCCCGUGGCUACAUCCGCAACUCCAAGUGACUCUUCUGCAGUCUCAACUACCCCGUCCACGCCGCUGCCCACCGCGUCGUCGAGCUCGAACACGCCUGGAUCCAGCUCGACCGAGACGCCUGUCCUUACCACUCCCGCCUCGACUCCGUCGACUGCCGCGUCCUCGACCACUCCCGUUGUGUCGGAGACGACCGAGUCUUCUGUCCAGACCAGCUCCACCUUCAGCUCGAGUUCGUCCUCGGCCAUUGUUGUUGUUCCCACUCUCAGCACUAGCUCCACGAUCGAGAUUGCGUCUUCGACUCUCUCUACCACGUCGACCACUCCUAUCUUCUCGAUCCGUCCCACCGGGACCGACUCGGCGACCACUUAUGUUGUGGCAACCAGCAUCGUCUUCGAUCCCUCAACCACUGGCACGUCGUCUAGCUCUUCGGCUACUGCCUCUGCUACCACGUACCCCAAGUUCAUCGCUCCUCCGGGAGGCAUGCCUUCUGCACCCACCAACUCCACUAAGAUCCAGAUUGGCUUCAAGCGCGGCUUCAACUGGCCCUUCGUCGUCGGCCAUGCUGACACCACCGGCUGGCAACUCACGACCUAUAUGCCGAUCGCUGUGGCCGAUGGACUUGGCAUCGAUCACGACAAGGUUGAGAUGGUCACUUUGACCUCGUACAACACUACCGAGAAGCUGGGUUAUAUCUCUACGUUGGCGCUGAUGUACGUCCCGAGUGACCUGGUCGACACGCUCCAUCUGGAUCUGCUGAACUCCAACUCGGUCUUCUACAACAACGAUGACGAGAGUGUUGGAUCGACGAUCAACUUCCUGACGAGCUUUGUCGAUCCCACGUUCCCGAUCGUCGCUAGUGACAUGCCUGACGAUGGCUCGUCCGGCUCCUCGACUGGCAGCGGCUCGUCGUCGAGCUCUUCUGGGGACGCCAGCAGUGGCGAUCCCAUGGGCGAUGGCUCCAGCUCGGGCUCGGGCGUCAAGGGCAGCGCUGUUGGUAUCGCGUUUGCUGCCAUUGGCGGUGUCGCUGUCUAUGGUGCGGCCAUGAUGCUUGUUGCUCGCAGGUACAAGAAGAAGAGAGCUAGCCACCAGCGCUCCAGCUCCGUUCCCAGCACCGGCUCGAACGGUCACGGCUCGACGGGCGCUGGUCCUUGGAUGUCUGGAGCCCGCGGUGGCCGUGACAGCCACGGCAGCCGUGGCAGUGGCAGCAGCAACGGCCGUAGCGCCAGAACCGCGCAGAUUUCGGCGCCAGUCAUGGCCGAAAACUCCCUGGGAUGGAACUGA